UUGUUUGUUUGUGGGGUGUUUUUUUUUCGUAUAUAAAAGUUUUAUAACCUGUUUUUUACGUAAUAGUUCUAAAAUGGCAGAUACCAAUUUGGAAACUUCUGCUGAGGGAGAAGACUUUAAAAGUGGUGAUGAUGUCAAUUUGGGAACCUCUACUGAGGAUGAAGACUGUAAAAGUGAUGAUGAUGUCAAUUUGGGAACCUCUAAUGAGGACGAAGAUUUUGAUAGUGAUGGCAGCAAUUUGGAAACUUCCACUGAAGAGGAAAACUUUCAAAGUGAUGAUGAUGUUGAUGAAGAUGAUGAUGAUGAUGUCAAUUUAGAAACGUCUACUGAGAAUGAAAACUUUAAAAAUGAUGAUGAUGUCGAUUUGGAAGCUUCUACUGACAAGGACAACUUUAAGGAUGAUAUGAAGUUGGAAACUUCUACUCGGGGCGAAAACUUGAAAGGUGAUGAAGCCUUCUCUAAAAACUCAAGUCAACUCAAACCUACCAGUCAUAAAAAUGUGAGAAAAUCUAUGGAAUGUGAUGUAUGCAACAAGAUAUUCUAUCAUAGGGGCAAUCUAAAUUCUCAUAUGAAAAUUCACACAGGGGAGAAAAGCAGUACAUGCGAUAUUUGUAAUAAAUCUUUUGCAUCGAAACGCUACUUUCGAAGCCAUUUAAAAAUUCAUACCGGAGAACAAAACAAUACAUGUGAAAUUUGUGAUCAAUCUUUUGCAACCAAACAGUACUUGAAUAAACACAAUCGAAGACUUCAUACUGGUUCGGAUGAGAAUCCUUUUAGCUGCGAUGAUUGCGGUAAAAUAUUAUCGACAAAGUUUGAUUUGGACAAGCACAGGAGAACCCACAAAGAUAAGUUAUUUGAAUGCACGAUUUGUAAGAAAGUCUGUGUAACUAAGUGGAAUUUACGAUCGCAUCUUCAAACGCAUGCCGGAGAGAAGAAUUAUAAAUGUCAUGUAUGUUUGCAAUACUUUUCGAGAAAGAAUUCUCUGGAAAUUCAUCUUAAACAGCACAAAGGAGAUCUACCUUUUAAAUGUGAGAUUUGUAGCCGAUCGUAUACUAUGCUCGGUAUAUUAAAUAAACAUAUGAAAACGCAUGAAAGUGCGAAAUGCAAGAUUUGUCAGGAAUCGUUUCUUGGAAAACUUUCUCUGAUUAAACAUACGAGGGAGGCUCAUCCUCCAGAAAAAAAAUCUUUUAAAUGUGAUGUUUGUGGUAAAUCAUUUAAUACUCAAUACCAUUUAAACUCGCACAUUUUAAUCCACACUGGGGAAAAACCCUUUAGCUGUGACAUUUGCGGGAAGUCUUUCGCCUUCAAAUCCCGCGUCGCAGCACAUUUUAGACGAACACACACUAAUGUGAGACCAUUUUCAUGUGAUUUAUGCUGUAAAUCAUUUCCAGAUAAUAGUGAUCUUCAAAAACAUAUGAGAUUCCAUAGUGGAAUAAAACCCCAUAAAUGUGAUGUUUGUGGUAAAGCAUUUACUUUGAUUCAGGGACUGAGAAGCCAUGAGCGAAUCCAUACAGGGGAGAAGCCACACCAAUGCCAUGUUUGUAACAAAUCUUUCACCCAAGUAAGUUCUCUAAGUGUUCAUUUAAGAACUCAUAGCGAUGAAACACCCUAUAAAUGUGAUGUUUGCUGUAAAAUGUUCAAAUCGAGAUCUUAUUUAACACAGCACUUCAAAACUCACACAGGUGAGAAGCCAUUUAAAUGUGAUGUUUGUAAUCAAUCAUUUCCUCAGAAAUCCCAUCUUCUGAAACAUUUAAGAAUACAUACAGGUGAAAAACCCCAUAAUUGCGAUAUUUGUGGAAUGCGCUUUAUAGAUAAAGGUGGUCUGACAGUUCACUUACGAACUCACACAGGCGAGAAGCCAUUUAAAUGCGAUGUUUGUAAUAAAUUACUGACUCGUCGAAGUCAUCUUACGUUACACAUGAGGGUUCACACCGGCGAAAAACCCUUUAAGUGUGAUGUUUGUCCGAAAGCCUUUGCUCACCCUAAUGCUAUUAGGGUACAUAAACGCACCCACACGGGUGAAAAACCCUACAAGUGUGAAGUGUGUGGACUUGCCUUUAUUGAUAAAAGUAUUCUAACAGGUCACUUGAGAACCCAUACGGGUGAAAAACCUUUUAAGUGUACUGUUUGUAAUAAAUCAGUGACUCGAAUGAGUCAUCUUCAACUGCACAUGAGGCUUCAUACUGGCGAAAAACCCUAUGAGUGUGGUGUUUGUCAGAAAGCCUUUGCUCAUCCUCAUGCCUUCAGGGUACAUAAACGGACACAUACAGGCGUGAAACCAUAUAAAUGUGAUGAUUGUGGUAAAUUAUUUGCUCAUAGUGGUAGUCUAAAGCCACAUAAAAAAACACACUGUCCUAAAUUGAAAUGUAAGGAUAAUGUAACUGUGUAGAUUAAUAAUGUAAUUGUGUAGAUUAAUAAUGUAAUUUUGUAGAUUAGUAAUGUAAUUGUGUAGAUUAUGUAAUUGUGUAGAUUAUGUAAUUGUGUAGAGGAGUAAUGUAAUUGUGUAGAGGAGUAAUGUAAUUGCAUAGAUUAAUAAUGUAAUUGCAUAGAUUAAUAAUGUAAUUGUGUAGAUUAAUAAUGUAAUGGUUUAAAGCAGUGGUUCCCAACCUGUUGUGUACCAUGUCCAACCUCAACAUCGCAAAUUAUUUUGUGACCCCCCCUCCCCCAUCCCCCUUUUGAUAUAAAAACAUAUUGAGUUUUGUGUAAGUAUAUAAUAAAAUUUAAUCCUUCAAAUAAGAUGUUGAUUCCUUCCAAUAAAAAAAAAUUAUUCAAAUCAAAUAAUAAAGAAUCAGAAAAUAAUAUUUUUUUACAGUAAUUGUUUUAAGAAAAAUUAAUUCAGUGAGAUUCUUGUGCUUGGUGUUUACUGCAAAGUAUUUUAAUAUGAGGCUCUAAUUUGGUCAGUUUCAAUCUCCUGAUUUAGUGAUAGCCAGUCAAUUUCUAUGUUUCAAUAAUAAGUCACUCACACCAUUUUCAAAUUGCGGACCUAAUUUUUUAAAUUGCCCCCUUGUGCACCCCAACUUUGGAAUUCACUGGUUUAAUUGUAUAGAGUUAUAAUGUAAUUGUGUAGAUUAAUACUGAAUUGUGUAGAUUAAUAAUGUAAUUGUGUAAAGUAAUAAUCUAAUUGUGUAGAGUAAUAAACUAAAUGUAAGUAAUAAUGUAAUUGUGUAGAAUAAUAAACUAAAUGUAAGUAAUAAUGUAAUUGUGUAGAAUACUAAUGUAAUUGUGUAAAGUAAUAAUGUAAUUGCGUAGAGUAAUAAACUAAAUGUACAUGUAUAAAGUAAUGAUGUAAUGGUGAUGGUAUAAAGUAAUAAUGUAAUUGUAUAAAGUAAUAAUGUAAUGAUAAAAUGAUAAUAUAAUGUAAUGGCAUGAAGUAAUAAUGGAAUUUUAUAAAGUAAUGAUUAUGGUGUAAAGUAAUAAUGUAAUGGUGUCUAGUAAUUAUUAUAGUUUGUAGGGGUUUUUUGAAAUGUAUAUUUUUGAAAUGCUUUGAAAUUUAUAUUUUUGAAAUGUAAAGUAAUAAUGUAAUUGGGUAAAGUAAUAAUGAAAUGGUUUAAAAGUCAUUAUGUAAUUGUUUAAAGUAAUUAUGUAAUUGUUUAAAGUAAUUAUGUAAUGGUUUAAAAUAAUAUGGUAACUGUAUAUGUCAUUUUGUAACUGUGUAAACUGUUUGCAAGGGUUAUUUCAAUG